GCCGUGUUGUACUUUGGCCAAGAUCUAGACCAGCGACCUUACUGCGAUGGACCUCUCGAAACCAGUGGAUCUUCAAUUUACCAAGUCUCUUCCGAAGAUUGAAGUUCAUGCCCAUCUCAGUGGCAGUAUCAGCCGCCAGUGCCUUCACGAGAUAUGGCUCCAAAAAAAGGCUCGCGACCCAACUCUCGAAAUAGAGGACCCCUGGGUGGUGAUGCCCCUGGGGAAGGUGGACUUUUCUCUGAACACUUUCUUUGGAGUCUUUAAUCAAUCCAUUUACCAGCUGGUCAACGACCUUGAAAGUGUUGCAUAUGCUACGACCUCAGUACUUCAGGCCUUCCUCGACGACGGUGUCCGUUAUCUUGAGCUACGUACAAUACCUCGCGCGUCGCCAAAUGCUGCAUUCACCCGCGACCAAUAUCUCUCUACUGUGCUCGAUACAAUCGCUGAAUUCAAAUCCCAGAAUUCCGGCAAGAUAUCAGUAUACUUGAUCCUUGGUAUGGAUCGCGGCCAACUUGUGGCUGACUCGACACACGCACAUGAGAUAGUCGACUUAGCCAUCGCCAAUCGAGAGCGUGGCGUGAUCGGCGUGGAUGUCUGUGGUAACCCGACAAAAGGGGAUAUUUCGCUGUGUCGUGAUGCUUUCGCUAAAGCCAAGAAGCAUGGUUUAAGCUUGACUGUGCACUUCGCUGAAGUGCACUCUAUGGGCCUUCAUGAAGAGCUGCAGACAAUGCUUUCAUUUAAUCCGGAUCGUCUCGGCCAUGUUAUUCAUGUGCCAGAUGAUAUUAAACAGGAAAUUGCGCGCAAACGAUUAGGGUUGGAGCUGUGCAUAUCUUGUAAUGUACAUGCGAAGAUGUUCGAUGGAGGGUUCCUCGAUCAUCAUUUUGGGUAUUGGAGACACGAGGAGUGCCCGGUCAUCCUUUGCACGGACGAUGUUGGCUUCUUCUGUAGCCCUGUCUCAAAUGAGUACCUCUUGGCUGCAGAGCAUUUCCAAUUGAAUCGAAGAGACCUUAUCAGCAUCUCUCGCAAAGCAGUUAAGGCAAUAUUCGGAGGAGAUGAAGAAAAACAGCGACUGUGGAAUGCUCUAGAUAAAUUUGAAUCAAACGGUCAAUGA